AUGAGUCAUCUGCUCAGAACUGAACGUGGCUCAAGACCCAGGGAAGCAGCAAAGGAAACCCAGGGGCACUCACAGCUCCAUUUCAGUUACCCCGCAGGAAAUCAGCUGAUGGAAUUCAGCCUUCAUAAUGCUUCCCAGAAGCAUCUCAAGAACAACAGGCACAGCCACUGUAAAAAAAUUUUAUCACCUCCAGAGAAGCUCAUCUCUGUCAUCCUGGGCAUUGUCUGGUUUGCUUUAUUGGUCACCUUGUUGAUAAUGACCAGAACUGUCUUUCCAUAUAAUAAUCUUUCUUCAGCACACCCUUGUGGUUCUUGUCCAAAGGAGUGGAUGUCAUAUUCCCACAAUUGUUAUUAUAUUAGUGUGCAGAAAAAAAAUUGGACUGACAGUUUGGUGUCCUGCAAUGCCAAAAACUCUAGUCUGCUUUAUAUAGAGAGUGAAGAGGAACAGAACUUUCUGCAAUCCCUCUCACUGAUCACAUGGACUGGAGUCUUUCGGAAGAGCAGAGAUCAACCCUGGGUUUUGAAAAAAGACUCAACUUUCAAACCAAGGAUAACAGAACUUUUUUAUGGUGAACAUAACUGUGUCAUGCUUUCAACCUCUGGCCUCCCAGCAGAUGACUGUGCAGUUUUACAUACAUAUCUUUGUAAGCAUAAGCUCACCAACUAAAAACCCUGUAUUGGAGUCU